AUGGAAGACAAGUUUCUUUACCCUGGCAGCAGACGCAUCCCACAGAGCUACCGGGAGUUCUAUAGUAUAUAUCAGACGGACAUGCAGCAACAGGAUCCCUCCACUCAAACCUACAGUACACCUCCCGCCAUCACUUUCCAAGGAGACCAGUCAAACAGUUCAUCCCAGUCACAGACCAACGAAACAGCCACACAGCCCUCAUCUUCCCAUUUCUUCAACCAAAGGCAGACCAUUCCCAUUUUCAGCCAACUCCAGGAUGUCCUUGUGGAGGAAUGUCUUCAAACAAGCAUUCCUUCCACUAUGAUCCAGACUAUGACAGAAGACUACAACAACAAUGCACACAGUGUCUCUUAUCAGCAAAACAAAAGUUAUCCAGCAACACAGUCCAACUACACAGCCUGCUCUCAGCCUCAGUCUCAGAAAUCCCCUACCAAUUCUCACUUACACGUUUUUAGAAAAAGUGCCUCCUCUGAACAGGAAAUGGAUUCCGAGAUUAACAUUGAAUCCAGUCUAUUAUUCCAAGGAGACAAUGGUGUUGACCUGCUCAAACAGGCCACCUACUUAAGUGGAAUCACUGCGGAAGAUGUUGCUGCUUUCCUUAACGACACAUCGUCUCCUAGUGUUUCUCCUGAAGCCUACCCACCUGCUACUGCUUUAGCCCCAGUGCACCAUGAGUUGGAUACCGCUCUAUUUGAAACGGCCUUUACUUCUACAAACUUGUCCCAUUCAAGCCUUAGUGACGUUAGCCCUAUUAGAGGAGAGGAAAACAUGGCAACACCAGAGGGCAUUCAUCAAAGUAAUCCCCUCAAAAGAAUAAGAGAAGACGAGAAGAACACAGGAAGCAAGAGAGGAAGAAUGGAUUCUAUUUGA